AUGACAGAUGAAUCUUGUAAUUGUCAGAUGAUUGAAAGUAUCAUAGAAUUUUUUAAAGUUAUUUUUUUAACUCUUAUUAAAACAAUCAUUGGAUGUUUUAAAGCCAUUCUACCAUCAAAUAUAUUACCAAGAAAAAGUGUAGAAAAUGAAAUUGUUUUAAUUACUGGUGCUGGUUCUGGAAUUGGACGAUUAAUGGCUUUAGAAUUUGGAAAAUUAAAAGCAAAAAUUAUUAUUUGGGAUAUUAAUGAGGUUGGAUCAAAAGAAACAAUGGAACAAUUAAAAGAAAUUGGUGUUGAAUGUUGGAGUUAUAAAGUAGAUAUUAGUAAAAAAGAAGAAAUAUAUAAAGUAGCAGAAAAAGUAAAAUCAGAAGUUGGUGAUGUUGAUUUAUUAAUAAAUAAUGCUGGUAUUGUAUCAGGAAAAAAACUAUUUGAUUGUGAUGACAAUCUUAUGGAAUUAACAAUGGCUGUAAAUGUAACAUCACAUUUUUUUACAACAAAAGCUUUUAUACCAUCAAUGAUAGAAAGAAAUCAUGGUCAUAUUGUUUCAGUAGCAUCAUUAGCAGGAAAGUUUGGUAUCUGUGGACUUGUUGAUUAUUGUGCCUCCAAAUUUGGAGCUGUUGGUUUUUCAGAAGCUUUAUCUGAAGAAUUAUUAGCAUUAAAAAAGGAUAAUGUUCACGUCACUACUGUUUGCCCUUUUUAUAUUGAUACAAAAAUGUUUGAUGGUGUGACAACAAAAUCACCCAAUGUUUUACCUAUUUUACAACCAGAAUAUGUUGUUGAUAAAAUAAUGGAAGCAAUUCUUACAAAUACUGAAUAUUUAUAUCUUCCAAGAUUUGCUUAUCUUGCAAAUGCUUUAAAUGCAUUGCUUCCUACUAAAGCAACACGUGUUCUUGUUGAAUAUUUUGGAAUAAAUUCUACAAUGGAUCAUUUUACAGGAAGAAAAAAAAUCAACUAA